AUGGGAUCUGCCACCCCGAGUGCGGCUGGGGUGGCGGAUCUUCAGGUGAUCCUUAUUUCCUAUGAAUUCAACACCAGGAAGUUUUCAAUGGUCAUCACUAGACGCAGCAUCCUACCACAGCUUCAACAGCAGGCAGCACUCGGACACUGCCGACAACUAGUCCCCUUAGUGUGUGUGCUGGGAGGACCUGAGCCACCUCCACCCCACCCUGCCCUGACACACUGGAUCCCCACCAAACCUCUCCCUGCCCCUCCCUGUGGGGGAGGAGGAGGUCUGCGCCCCGCCCGCCCCGGCCCAAUCACCUUCAGGCUUGGGGCAAAGGGUGCGCUGCGGCUGCCCCGCCCUGACCUGAAGGGCUUCCUGCCACAGGAGGAGGAGGAGGAGGAGGAAGAGGCGCGGGUGCCCCCCCGGGGGACACGACAGCGGCGACGACGAGCCCUCCGUCCUGCACCCCCCGGCCCCCGAGCCCCGCCCCACCCACCAUCAGCCACACCAGUCCCUACCACAGCCUCUGUCCCCCGCCCCACACCAGGAGCGACUCAGAGCUGCCCUCCGCUGCGCCCCCUGCUCCCCCUAAAGCAGCAGCAGCAGCAGCAACAGCCACAGCAGGUGUACAGCUGGCCCUACCCUCCACAACCACAGCAGUUCCAGUACCCUUAUGAUGCAGCUGAGGGGACUGACACUGCCACCACCACCACCACCACUGCCACCACCGCCACAACAAGGGUUAUUCAGGUGUUGCCCCAAUAUGCUUCAACCCCACAGCCCCACUCCCCCAUGACAGUGCAGGCAGGGAAUGUCAUACAGGUUGUUCCAGGGAGGUGGAGGUGGGCCACACACACCUGGGUUACCUGUGGCUUGGCUGAUCUCCCUCCUCCAGCAGCAAAUCCCAAGAAUCAACGAGGACAUUGUGGACCCAGAGAUUGCAACAGCAGCAAGAGAGAGAGAGAGAAGCAAGAGAGGAGGGAGAGGAAGGAGAGGAGGAGGAGAGAGAGAGAGGGAAGCCAGGAGGGAGGCACGUCAGAGAGAGAGGGAGAGGAAGAGGUUGAUUCUAUUACAACAACAACUGCAACAACAACAACAGUUAGUCAGUGAGGAGGGGGAGGGGCCGUCCUCUGAUGCUGAGGAUGAGGUAUUGUUCAGGCAGUACACAGGAGACAAGGAUGGGAGCUACUCUCCCCUCCCCCUCCAGGGUCGCCGCCCCCCUUCACUGCAUUGAAGUUGUACCCAGGCUACACCCACUACACCUUCA